GCUCGAGGUACCGAGACCGUUUUGUAAGCUCGUGCUCCUUUGACGUUUUUCCGGCGCGAGCUGAGCGAACGCGCGCCUCCGGAUCCCCGCUUCACGGACGUCGGCGACAUUUUGACAGAUCGGUGUCUCCGAGCGCGUGCGUGUCGCGUGCCGCAUCCAGGCUCGCGGAGACGACGUCGCGGGAAAAGGCUUACUCCGGCGCGCGCUUGCCACGCUGACGUCCGCGGCGCAUUCGUACCGCGGUAACGUGUGCGGUAGCGAUGUGACCGGUGCGGUGCGGCGAGGCUCCUUGUUAAAUGGCCCCUCGGCGGCUCCUUCCUCGGCCUGCCUGCCUGCCAAGGAGCCCAACCCCCCCCCAAGAGAGAGCAGUGAACAAGAGAGCAGCGAGUUGAGCGGAGCUGUUGCGGAGCUCCCGUUUCUUCAUGCCACUGUCCCCUAGCUCUGCGGAGCGCCAGCGGGUCCGAGGGCCCGCCCGGCCGGCCUGCGGCUCCCCCCCAGCAUGCCGAGCUCCCCGCCCUCCGACGCGGGCGGUAACUCCAGCGCCGGGCCCUGGGACCCGGGCGCCCCGCCCCCGUCCUCCCUCCUCGACAGCGCGGUGAAGAUGGCGCUCAUCUCGGCCAUCAUGUGCACGUCGCUCUUCGGCAACGUCCUGGUGCUGCUGGUGUUCCAGCGCAAGCCGCAGCUGCUGCACGUGGCCAACCGCUUCGUGCUCAACCUGCUGCUGGCCGACCUGCUGCAGACGGUGCUCGUGAUGCCCUUCGCCGUCGCCGCCGCCGUGCCCAGCGUGUGGCCGCUGGACGGCCGCCUGUGCCAGGUGCUGGUGGUGCUCAUGCACCUGUUCGCCUUCGCCGGCGUCAACACCAUCAUCGUGGUGUCGGUGGACCGCUACCUGGCCAUCAUCCACCCGCUGUCCUACCCGACGCGCAUGACCCCGCACCUGGGCACCAACCUCAUCGCAGGGACCUGGCUGGUGAGCGUGCUGCAGAGCACGCCGCCGCUCUACGGGUGGGGCGCCAUCGGCUUCGACCGUCGCCACGGCGCCUGCGCCGUCCUCUGGUCCUCCAGCGCGUCCUACUCGGCCCUGCUGUCCGCCCUCUCGUUCUGGCUCCCCGCCGCCAUCAUGCUGGCCUGUUACUGGAUGGUGUUCCGGGCGGCCAGGAGGCAGAAUGCCCUGGUGCACCCGAUCCACAGCGGUCACCAGCAGGAUCCCAACGCCACCACUGCCACCGCUGUCCCCUGUCCCGCCCCCCAGCAGCCGCCGCCGCCGCCGCCCCGGGAUGGGCCCGUUUCUGCUGGGAAUCGGCCCCGGGCGAAGCACAGAGGCUUUCAGUACCACUGCAAGGCGGCACGGGUCGUCUUCAUCAUCAUGGCCUCCUACGUGCUGAGCAUGGGACCCUACAGCGUGGUGGGUACGGUGGCGGCGCACUCGCAUUCCGCCGUGCCGCCCUGGCUCGCCUCGUUGGCCCUCGUCCUCUUCUUCCUGCAGUGCUGCGUGCACCCCUACAUCUAUGGCUACAUGCACCGGAGCGUGCGCAAGGAGUUCGCCGCUCUGCUCUGCGGACCCCUCCUUUGCAGGCAGGACCGCCGACACCGCCCGCCGCGGGGCUCCGCCCUCGACUCCGGCUCCGCGGCGACGGACGGUCGCUCCGGGCGCCUGCACGUGCCCGGCGCGGCCCCCCGGGUCUGCCCCUUGCGCACCUGGGAAGAGGGCACCACCUCGUCGUCUCCCGCCGAGAGGAGGUCCAGGGACAGCCGCAAGGAGACCACCUCCCUCAGCAUCAGCUCGGAGAAGGAACUCACCGUCCACAGCAAGUGAGGCGUGUGGCCCGUCGGUCGGUGUUCCUGGUAAACACGGUACUUGACAGCAUUGCCAUCUUGGUAUAACCUACAAUAUCACGGGAUGCAUUUCCUCAGUUCCUACCGACUCCAGGGAUAACGUGUUAUGCUAAUGUGAUACACACACACACCUCUCUCGCUCUCUCUCUCUCUCAAAGGCUGCUCAACCCCUGGUACUGGCCACGUGGCUCCACACAGGCACCACCAGUGUGUGCUCAAAGUCACAUUCAGCCAGAAUGUGCAGGUCACCCAAGGAUCUUGGCAAAAUGAUGCUAAAUAUUUUUUUUAAAAAAUCCAUCUCAGAGAUGCUGGGCUGUGGGUUUGAAUCCAGCUCAGUUAGCAUGGAGUUUGCAUGUAUUCUCCAUGUCCACCUGAGUUUCCAUGGAUGCUCUAGUCCCCUCCCACAGUGCAAAGACAGCUUGAGUGAAUUAGUGACUUUGAACGGUCCUGCAAUAGACUAGCGGCCUGUCCAGGGCCUAUCCUGCCUUAUGCCGUAUGCUUCUGGGAUAGGCUCCUCGUCACCAUGAUCCUAGACUAGGGGUUGAUGAAAAUUGGGGGGGGGGAAACUGAUUCUGUAAAAGGGCAGCGUGUGGGAAUCAUUCAUGAAAUUAGUUUAAAGUUCAGGUAUUUCAUUUAUUUUCCCAUGGGGCACCAGUAAAGAAUGCAAUUUCUUACCAUGGUUUACAAGAAUAUAAAAGGGCAGCUUUACUUGUCACAUGAUGUGGAAAGAAAGAUUUUGUGUCAAUUUUCAGCCGCGGUCGGUGUUAAUAUUAUAUACACCGCUUAAAACCACACUGAUGUGCACCGGUGGGCAGGCAGACGGACACACGCAGACGGACACACGCACACGCACGUCAUUUUGUGCCUAUAAUUCCCACCUCUAAUGUAUUUUUACACAGUGGCAGAAAGUCAUCUUUGGGGACCACAAAUGAUGGAUGAAAUUGUGUGACCAUGUUGUCA